UUCUUUUGAAGGGUCUGAAGUAAAACCAGCGCAUCGACUCGCCUCACAUCUCCAAAAAUACCCCACCACGCUCUCAGCUGAGACAGAGGCUUCCACGCUCAGGAGAAAAGGCAUCAGAGGAAAAUGGCCACAGACUGGAGCUCAGGACUCCUAAGCUGUUGUGACGACUGCAAAUCUUGUUGCUAUGGAUUCUGGUGUUGCCCUUGCCUGGCCUGCACCGUCUCAGAGAUGUUUGGCGAAAACCCCUGUCUUCCUCUGUGUGACAUAUUAACCCCUGCAGCAGUGUCAGCUUUCGGGUUGCCUUUCUGUGUUCCCCCUGCAGGUUUAUCGCUAAGAGUUGCCAUUCGACAAAGAUACGGCAUCAAGGGAAGUCUCUGUAAGGAUAUCUGCACCUCCUGCUUCUGCGUGUGGUGCUCCUGGUGCCAGUUGCAUCGAGAAUUGAAGUAUCAGAAACACCCAGGUGUGGUCACCAUGCAGCCUAGAUAAAAGCUGUGGUUUUACACCCAACUUCAUCCUUCUGCUCUGUUCCAUCUCUUAAAAUGAAUUAAUUCAAGUCAGAUUAAUAACUUUUAGUAAAAAAUUACACGUUGGGUUUGAUUUUAUUAUUAUUUUCAACAAGACAAGUGUUAAUGAUUUGUUUAUCAUGAUCAAUGCAGUGAAUAUUUUAUUUAUUCUUCUGGACUGUCAGCAUCAGAACAUGUCUGGUUCACAUUUCAUCUGUAAAGUCCUUCAAACCGAAUCACGAGGUUUCCAUCCUGUCAGCAUUAAGUGCAAUAUAACGAAGGAUGUGUUUUAAAAUCUGAACUGUGAAAGCUCUAUGACAUAAAAACUAGAAGGCAUUUUGUUUUUGCGUUUAAAAGCUCUAAUCAUCAUAAUCGUGACUUUAUUAUGUGAUUUUGUGAAUAUUUAGAAACUGGUGAACAUUCGGUGAUUUUUAACAUUUAGUCAAAAAUGGAAUAAAAUAUGAUUCUGGAUCAAUUUAA